GCGGGAAAGCGGGCGGUGGGGGCGCUUGACGUGCCGGGGAGCCGAGUUUUCUUUCGGGGUCGCAGCGGAUGUCUGGAGCUUGCAUUAACAACGGGCUGAGGUGUGGUGUUAAAAGUACAUGAAGAUGGAAUUUACAAUUAAACACACAUGGGAUGGUUUACCUGUGAGCCAUGAGCCAGUAACAAUUGUGCUGAAGUCGGACAAUGCAGGACUGCUGAUGGAAGUUAAUGCUCCCUUCUUUAAUGAUCCUCCAGCACCACUUGGAGAGCCAGGGAAACCUUUUAGUAGACUGUGGGACUAUGAGGUUGUAGAAGCAUUUUUCCUGAGUGACAGAACUGAACAGUAUUUAGAAGUUGAACUUUGUCCCCAUGGCCAACACUUGUUGUUGCUGCUUUCUGGCAAAAGAAGAAUAUGGAAACAAGAACUUCCUUUAGAGUUUGAGGUGACCAGAAUGAAAACUAAAUGGGAGGGUAAAGCUCAUCUUCCUUGGAAUUAUUUUCCACCAGGCACUAACAAGUUCAAUGCAUUUGCAAUUCAUGGCUCAGGAGAAGAGAGAAAAUAUGAAGCGCUUCAUCCGGUGCCUCGACGUGAACUACAGGAAGGACAGAAACCAGAUUUUCAUCGCCUGGAAUUUUUCAAAGACUUGAACCUGAAAGGACUAAUGGGAGAAGAUUGGAAGCAGCCUGAAUCAGAUAUAUGGAAGUCUCUCACUAAUUAAAUGGAUUGAGGCAUAAAUUUUUAUAGCCUUAAGGUUGGAUGAAGCUGUAUGGAAACAGCUUCUUCAUUCUGAGCAGAGUUUGUAAAUAGCAGAUUAGUAAGGCUUUCCUUGACACCAAAAUGAUUGCUCAAUCUUAAAAUCAGCUGUAAAAUAUCUGGGCUAGUUGAUUCUAAAUGUAUGAAGUAUGCAACGGCUUGUCUUUCAGUUCAUCUGGAUAUAGAGUUUUUCAUCUGUGCAAGAGAUGAAUCUGCUCCUACCAAUGAAGGGGAAAAAAAGUGCUAAAAUUACAGCUGUGUUUUCAUGAGAGCUCUAAGCCUGACAAGGCCAGUAUCUGGCUUGGAAUUUUUCAGUUUCCUGUAGUUGCUGCAUUUCUGCUGUAUUUUCGCUGCUGCUUGUUGGUUUCUUGGCUGUUGAAUGAGAUUCUUAGGUGCCUAAUUUUUUUGAUUGCAAUGAGGGGAAAGAAUGCCUCCUUCAGGAACAGAAAAGGAUAUAGCUAUCAUGGCAUUUUGUGGCCCAGUAUUUGCAUCGCAAGAUGCUAUGGAGGUAUAACACUACCCUUUCCUAUACCGUCCUGUACCUGAAGUUUUCCCUUGCACAGUGCUGAAGGGGAAACUGUAUUACUUUAUUAGCAGACCUCUCUGCUUCAAAUUCAGUGUGGAAUUUCUAGUGAUAUUUAGGUACAGAGGACAGAUUUACAAAAGGUUUUAUGUAUUCCAGGAAAAAUUUCUGGGAGAAAUAAUGUUUAGUAAAACCUUUUGCUAUAGUUGUGUGCCUACAAAAGCUUGUUUGUUCCAAGACCUUGUCACAUGACCUUAAGGAUUCAGCUCAGAUGUAUGAGAAUUUUGUUUGCAUGCCACCUAAUGUUGGAAAUACUCUAAUUGUAUGUGCCUACAUUUUCCGCAUAUGGGCAUGAAUAUUUUUAACAGAACUGAAUACUGUUCGAUGGUAACAUCUAGUCUGUAAACUCUCACAGGAUUUACAAAUAAGAUGUUCCUUUUUUGUCUAGCAUAGUAAGUGCUGCUUGAUUGUGGCUGCUGACUUGAUCCUAUAUAAAUUAAUGUAGAAAAUGGGAAGCUUACCCACUAACCAGAUCCUACAUCUGAAAAGUUAGGUGACUUUAAAAUCAAAAACUUCUUCGGUUUAGUUCAGAAUGAGGAUUCAGACCAAGACAUGGUCCUCAGUCCUUUACUAGAAAGAGGACUUCCUGCACCCUGUUGAAAUCAUAGAAUCAUUAAGGUUGGAAAAGACCUCUAAGAUCAUCGAGUCCAACUGUUGACCCAACACCACCAUACCCACUAAACCAUGUCCCUAAGCGAUGUCAUGAUCACGGGGUAAAAGGUGGUCAUGUUCUCUGGUUUUGUGAGAAGGGUUGUUUUGGGAGUCUGAGUGAAUAUGGCUCAGUCAUAACUGAGGGAGUAUCUUUCAAAAGUUAUGCCCUGAGGAUGUGGUGUUUGGUCUCAUCCUUUUGUGUAGCAUUUUCUACUGAGCAAUUUAGAAUCCUACAAGUUCCUGGCAGGGACUGGUGUUCUUGUAGUCUAACAUCCUGCACAAAGCAGGGCUAUUGUUGAAGCUAGAUGAGUUUGCUCAGGGCCUUGUCGAGUUUUGAAUAACUCCAAAGACGGAGCUUCAAAUGCUCUGGGUAGCCUGUUUCAAUACUCAACUAGUUCUGUUAUAAAAAUUUACCUAAUUGCCAUUUCCCGUGCUGCAACUUGUGUCCAUUGCCUUUUGUCCUUUCUCUGUGCAUCUCCAAGAAGAGUGACUUUUUCUCUAUAACUACUGAUUAGGUAACUGAAGGUAACUGUUAGCUCCCCAUGGGUUUCUUUAAACGUUGUCAUUCUCAGUUUGCCUUUUGUGACUCUCAUUAGUAAGCGCCUUCCACUCAGGUAAUACUGACAGACAACUUAAAAGUGUAACUUGGGUUGUAACUCAGAGGCAGCAAUGCUCCCAGGCCUUUCUUGUUUACUUAGCUCAUAAAUGGUUCUAAAAAUCUUGUGUGUAGCUUUAGACAUCAAAAUGCUUGUCAAGUUUUGCACAAGACUGCACUCUAACUCAUAUUACUAAAAGGAUUCUCUGUUCUCUUCUGAGCUUGUAUGCAGUAAUAACUGUAGUCUGAUGGUCAUGUUUUCUUUGCUAUCUUUAAACUUAACUCUACCUGUAAAUUCCGCCUAAGAAAAGAAGAUGGGAAUAUCCUGCCUUUGUGAAGAACAUCUUGGUGUGAUCAAUAUCUGAGAUAGAAUGUUACUUCAGAGUUUUUGUUUGGCUUUAGAUUCCCUCUUUGUACUUUCAGUUUUAUAGAACUAUACUUUCAAGUUUAAGGAUAUUAGGCUUUUUCAGGUGCAGACUUUGGCACGUCAAUGCACUCAGCCAUACAAUUGUUUUUGCUAUCUUUUAAUUAGACACUGUAGAUUCCUUGCUGUAAAGUGCCAUCUGUUGAAAAUUAUAAGUAUUGUACUUCCAAUUGUUUGGCUUCUGUUCUACCUUCAAUCCACGUACAGUUUUAAAGAAUGGCAUCAGUCUGAAGUAUGAAUAAUCCAAUAAAGGUUGAUUAAAAACGUCUUCUAGAUACUGACAUUUCAAAGCUGCUUUUGAAAUUUCAGUCAAAAGCAAAAAAUAUUUCACUAAACCUUUAGACUUCAUUUUAAACACUGUCAAAAAAGUGCGUGCAAAGGUUCAAUAUGAGUUUACUG